GGAGAUCUUUUUCCGCUGGCUGCAGCUCGCUGGUUACAUCAGGUCACUUUUGGUCCAAGGUUGCAGUAUCACUGGAUAAGCUUCCGGCCACACGGUGGGAGUGAUCCCGGACGAGCCCCCAAUAAACUGUUACAGCAAUGUCAUCCUCCAGUGGUUCACUGACUGAGGAGCUUCAGUGCUCUAUAUGUCUGGAUGUGUUCACUGAUCCAGUCAGCACUCCAUGUGGACACAACUUCUGCAAGACCUGUCUGAAUGAACACUGGGACAACAGCCAGACCUGCAGCUGUCCAAACUGUAAAGAAACAUUCAAGCAAAGACCUGAUCUCAAGAUUAAUACCACACUUCGAGAGAUUGUAGGGCACUAUAAAACGAAAAGUCCUGAGAAAAAUCCUGAAGUUCUGUGUGACAUCUGUGAGGAAAGAAAGCUGAAAGCCCUGAAGUCAUGUCUGGUGUGUCAGAGCUCUUACUGUGAAACUCACCUCGAGCCUCAUUUGAGAGUGAAAGGUUUGAAGAAACACAAACUGAUGGAUCCUGUGAGUAAUCUGGAGGACUAUAUAUGUCAGAAACAUGAGAAACCUCUGGAGCUGUUCUGUAGAGAUGAUCAGACGUCUGUGUGUUCAGUCUGCACUGUGAAAGAGCACGCGAACCACAACACUGUUCCUAUUGAAGAGGAGAGUCAACAGAAGAAGGUAGAGCUGAUGAAGACACAUGAAGACAUGCAGCAGAUGAUCCAGGACAGAAUCAAGAAGAUUCAAGACAUCAAACACUCAGCAGAAGUCAGAAAAAGAAACACUGAGAAGGAGAAAGCUGCUCAUGUCGAGCUCUUCACUGAUCUCAUCUGCUCCAUUGAGAGAUGUCAGACUGAACUGCUGGAGAUGAUGGAGGAGCAGCAGAAAGCAGCAGAGAAACAGGAGGAAGAGCUAAUUGAAAACCUGGAGCAGGAGAUCACUGAGCUAAAAAUGAGAAACACUGAGCUGGAGCAGCUCUCACACACUGAAGAUCACCUCUAUCUCCUACAGAUUCACUCAUCCCUGUGCAGCUCUAGAAACACCAGGAACUGGCCUGAGAUCAGUAUGAAGACUCAUGAGAGUCUGGAAACUCUGAGGAGAGCUCUGACUCAACUGAAGGACACUAUAGAUGAGAAAAUAACACAAACUGUGGAUGUGACUCUGGAUCCUGAUACAGCUCAUCCUAAACAACCGUCUAGUAUGAGUUGCCCUCAUUGUUCAAGUCAAGGUCAGCGCAGGAAGGAGCCGUGGAAGAUCAAAUCAAGUAUUUCACUCAAUGAAGAUUUUUUAUGUCCCACGCUAAAUAAAGCGGAGAAUGUCUGGAAACCAUCAGUGAAGCGCAGCAGCCUCAGCGACGAGGACAAGCCCGAGUCCUUGAAGACGCAGGAGCUGUUCAACCGUGUGUGGAGUGUGUUGAAUCAGCUGACGCCGCAGAUGUUCCAACCGCUGAUGAAGCAGAUGAUGAAGCUGACCAUCGACACAGAGGAGCGCCUGAAAGGAGUGAUCCACCUCAUCUAUGAGAAGGCCAUCUCUGAGCCCAACUCCUCUGAAGCCUAUGCCAACAUGUGCCGCUGCCUUAUGGGGCUGAAAGUUCCCUCCACGGAGAAACCUGGAGAGACGGUGAAUUUCAGGAAGCUGCUGCUGAAUCGUUGUCAAAAGGACUUUGAGAAGGAUGAAGAUGAUGAAACAUUUGAAAAGCAGAAGAAACUGGAUGCUGCUACAGGGGAAGAGGAGAGGCAGAGAUUGAAGGAGGAUCUUGAGGAUGCCAAAGAAAAAGCCCGCCGACGGUCACUAGGCAACAUCAAGUUCAUCGCUGAGAUGUUCAAGCUGAAGAUGCUGACGGAGCCUGUCAUACACGAUUGCAUCGUCAAACUGCUGACGAAACAAGAUGAAGAGAGUCUGGAGUGUGUCUGCUGCCUGCUCUCCACCACCUGGAAACAUCUGGACCACAAGAUGGCCAAGCCCCGAAUGGACCAAUAUUUAAACCAUAUGAAGAAAAUUAUUAAGGAGCGGAGAACCUCUUCCAGAAUUCGCUUCCUGCUGCAGGACGUUCUUGAUAUACGACGGUUAAAACGUGGUAAUAGACUCUGAGUGUGUGAUUAUUUACUUCCUUAUUUCCUUAUAUAACAGUUCAUGAAUACACGUUAUUCUAAUGUAAAAUGUUUGGUGUCUUAAUCUUUUAAUUAAAAUGAAACUUGAAACUAAGGUCAAAAUUUGGGAAUAUAAUGAUUUUUCACAUUUUUGUGAAUGAAGUCUCUUCUGCUCCCCAAGGCUGCAUUUAUUUGAUCAAAAAUACACUAAAAAUAGUGAAAUUUAAAACAACUGUUUUCUGUGUGAAUCUGUGUUAAAGUGUAAUUUAUUUCUGUGAUGUGCAGCUGUAUUUUCAGCAUCAUUCCUCCAGUCUUAUUAUAUCUCAUAAUGAGGAGGGUCUGGUCUCUUUUUACAAUGUGAAGUUCAGCUCUCAUAUCUACAGUACUCUUUCAUUGAAAAACUCUAUCCAUUAUUUAGCCAAUCCUUAAAUGAUGGAGGUAAAAACUGAAGCCCACAGAUCAUCACAUCUAUCAAUUAUAAUAAAAUAAUUUACACCCCUAAUAUGAAAUAUAAGAUUAAAAUAUUGAUUUGAUUAUAUAAUAUAUUAAUACAGUUUUUGAAGCCUAUAUGCUAUAAUUAGAUAUUUUUAAUGUAAAUAAAUGAUGCUUGUUCAAUAAAUGAUUCUCUUCUGAACUGUUCAGAAAUAUUCAUGCAUUCUUUGCCUUUCAUCUCCACCUGACAAAGUGAAAUUGCCAGUAAAAUAUGAUUAUAAAACAUGACUAUGGUGAACUUAAUAAACUGUUGUAUCAAGGUAGUG